AUGCUCAUUUACACAUGGACGAUUCUUAUUGCUGCUCUGUCAAUAUCGAAUAAUGUGUGCAAUUGUCUCAGACCUCGUGGAAUUGGAUUGAUUCGUCUACCCUUCGGUGUUUCUGAUCAUCGUUCUGGUCCUUAUCUCCCAAAUUUGUACAUCGCUGGUAACAAAUUGUACCAUCGAACCCAAUCGGUUCCCGAUGUCUCGCUUCCCGGACAGGAGAAACAUUUCUCCGGACACGCUCAACUCAAUCCAUUCACACACAUGGUCGCCGUGGGAACCAACAACGAUUUUGGAGAUUCUUGGGGAGCGGGAUAUGCUCUUCAGGGCGUCAAUUUUCUAAAUUUAAAUCUCCGCAAGAAUUACAUGGAAUAUGCGAAUAUGCCGCAUUUGUUCACUGAUGGACAACAUCAACCAUUUCAAAACUCAUUCAUCGUCGGUGCUGAAGUGGAUAAUGAGAAAUUCACAAGCCACGCCGUAGCCCUCGAUAUUCCACUACCCGGAAUCAAUGAGAUGUUCGAUUUCCAAGAGGAAACUCUUGAGAAGCAUGACGAGGAGCUGACAGACAUCUACCAUACCCGAAUGAAUUUUCCGAUUCCGACGACGAAUCAACGAUUUCCGUUUAAAGCGCACUUCUACGAACGUGAAAACGACAUUGAUCUCAAUUUUGCCCACAUCAUUCCCAAUCUCAAUUUGCACUUGGUCGAUCGUGAAAAGAUUGUUGACCAACUCAUUCAAAAUAAGGCGAAUCCAACAUUGGUCGGGUGA